GCCGACUCCUUAGCCGGCAAGUGGUCUGCCUUCGGAUCGGAGCUCCCAACUCCCAGCUCCCAGCUCCAGUUCAGGUUGCGUCAUCCGCUUUUGGGGGCUCUCCAAUCCGAGCUGCGUCUACGAGAAUUGCAGUUUCACUGCAGCCGAGAUACUUCACAAAUUGGUGCUGCUUGGCCCGCUUUGUUGACUGCUGUCUGCUGACUUUUUGUCCGUCCGAGGCUCAGAUCGAAAUCUAGUCAAGAUCUGUCCGCUCGACCACCUGUCCUCCGGUCCGCAGUCCGCUCGAGAGUGCGAGUGCGUGGUCUGCUGUCGAGGGGUAUAAAAGUAACGCAAUGCACACGUCCACUUACAGUUGCAAUUCUCCCUCCAAGCCAAGUGAUUCGUUAUCCAGCGCUAGCAUGAAACUUCUGAUCCUCACCUCUCUGCUGGCUGUGGCCACUGCUGCUCCUGGACUCCUUGAUUAUGGACACUCGGCUCCGGACUACAGCUACGCCCAUGCUGCUCCUGCCAUAACAUAUGCAGCUGCAGCUCCAGUCAUCAAAUCCUACGCUGCCCCAGCCAUCACCUAUGCGGCUCCAGCUCCGGUGAUCAAGUCCUAUGCCGCCCCAGCCAUCAGCUACGCCCAUGCCGCUCCUGCCAUCAGCUACGCCGCGCCCACAGUGGUCAAGUCCUAUGCUGCUCCUGUGGCGGUCAAGGUGGCAGCUCCCGCCACCAGCUACUCGCACUUCAGCUCGGUUGUUUCCCAUGCCACGCCCAUUGUUAAGUCGUACGCUGCACCUGCCAUCGCCUAUGCUGCUCCAGCUCCGGUGAUCAAGUCCUAUGCCGCCCCAGCAAUUAGCUACGCCCAUGCCGCUCCAGCCAUCAGCUACGCUGCUCCCACGGUGGUCAAGUCAUAUGCGGCUCCAGCCAUCAGCUACGCAGCUCCUGCCCUGGUGAAGUCAUACGCUGCACCGGCCCUGUCCCUGGGUGGAUACGGUUACCACUAAGCUCCGAUACCAAAACACUCCAAAUCCAAAUCGAUCCCGGAUCGGAGUUGGAGCAAUGGCAGCAAUUAACUGCGAGGAGUCGCAACAGCCGAGCACGCUCUCCCACUUUUCCAACCUGUAGUCGCAAAAUCUUCACAAUCUUCUCUGUUUACUUCUUAUUUAUUUAAGAACCAUUAAUAUUCUCUCAAAUGCACAAUAAAGAAAAAUUCUGUUUUUCAAAA